AUGCCGUUCGACCUGCUAUCCGGAAAAUUCAUCCCAGAGAAGACAAACAUAUGGCGUGACUGCGUUGACGGCUACUACGACUGGGUCAAGGAGCACAUCCUGGAUGGUGCGCCGCUCAACGAGGCCGACCACUGCGGUGAUCCCCCCCUCAUCCUGGCCGCCGGAAACG